AUGAACCUCGCAUACACGGAAAUGAGGAGUGUUCUGUCCAGGAUCAAUUGGCAUUCUGAGAUGAGACUUUCUAGUGAGAAUAGAAGGUGGAUCGAGUUGCAGGAGGCGAGGGUUGUUUGGGAAAAGCCUGCGUCCAAGAUGUGUUGCCACCUCGGGAAUCGCUUGCGUCAAAAGCCUAGGAGACACUUCUUGGGCGGGGUAUGA